GUUCGCGACGGCGCCAUGGAGUCAGGGCUGAUCCAGCGGUUCGCCCGGCGCUUGGGCAUCACGGAGCCAGAUGUGCUGAGGAAAGCAGAGGAGUACUUGCGACUAUCCCAGGUGAAGUGUGUUGGCCUGUCUGCACACACCACGGAAACCAGCAAUGCAGUCAUGUGCCUGGACCUCGCAGCUUCCUGUAUGAAGUGCCCCCUGGACAGGGCUUAUUUAAUUAAACUUUCUGGUUUGAACAAGAAGAUGUAUCAGAGCUGCCUUAAAUCUUUUGAGUGUUUACUGGGCCUGAAAUCAAAUAUUGGAAUAAGAGACUUAGCUGUACAGUUUAGCUGUACCGAAGCAGUGAACGUGGCUUCAAAGAUACUGCAAAGCUACGAGGCCAGCCUUCCACAGGCACAGCAAGUAGAUCUUGACUUAUCCAGGCCCCUUUUCACCAGUGCUGCCCUGCUUUCAGCAUGCAAGAUUCUAAAGCUAAAAGUGGAUAAAAAUAAGAUGGUAGCCACAUCUGGUGUAAAAAAGGCCAUAUUUGAUCGACUGUGUAAGCAGUUAGAGAAGACUGGGCAGCGGAUUGACAGAGAGCCUGGAGAUUUAGCUACUCCACCACGGAAAAAAAAGAAGACAGUGGUUGAACCCGCAGCAAAAGAAAGAGAGAAGACAGUAGAGAUUCCACAUCAACUGCAGAAAAACGAAGAUCCGACGCAGGAUUAUGAAGAGUGGAAGAGGAGAAUUUUGGAAAAUGCUACCAAAGCCUCUAAGGCCACAGCAGAGUGAUUUGAGCGUCCAGACUGACACGCUACAAACCAGCAGGACCAGGUCACCUCCAGGAAGAGCUGAGGGCUCUGAAAUAUUGUUUGAGCUUUUGUACCUUUUAUCACAAGAUUUGUAAGACUUAAUAGCAAAGAAGCCACACACGGGCUGUUCUGGGCACCGUGCUGGCCGCUGACGUCAGCCACCGUCCUCAACUGGCGUAGACCUGGCUCGCCACGGCCUGUGCUCUCCUACGAGAUAAAAUUGGACUUGUUUUGUUUGUAAGCGAAAGACGGUCUCCCCUCCUAUCCAGAAUGUGAAAUUCAGGCUGUAAGGAGUCUUACAGAUUUUAAUUAAGUUUUUGUAGAAGUUUUUUGGUUUGAUGGGAUCAGUAUAUGGCGCAGCCUAAGUUAAUAAAUAUUAUUUUUCUAUGCAUUUGAAUCGCACUUGUCAUCCGUCUGGGAAAAAUCUGUUACACCAAAAGCUGGGUUGAUUCUAGCAGGAAGAAAGGCCGGGUUGCUGUGCACUGAGCCACACUGCUUACCAGGGCCCAGUCUCUAAAUCAGACUCCUGGCUUUCAAACCCGGCUCAGCCCCUUACUGCCUGCGAAGCCUGGAGCAAGUUAACUAACUUCUUUAUGCCUCAUCUUUAAUCAGGAAUAAAAACAGAGCGUCCCUCAUAGACUCCUUUGGAGGAGUAUCUGAAAUACUGCAUGCAAAGCACUUACCACA